AGUCUCCUCAGGUGAUUUCUUCACACACCGCCGAGUUGCAGCUUUCUGUUUCUAAAGAGGAAGAGGAGCGACACACCAUGUGACGCUUUCUUCAUAACUAACAAACCAGGAAAACCAGUCAGUGAAAUCAACACAGAAGAGCAGCCAUGAGUCCCACUGAUCAAGGCCUGAUGUUGGGGAGCCUUCUGCUCGUCUCCCUGUGUGUCGGAGCGUCGGCCAUGUUUGAAAGCCAGCUGGACGGCCACUGGGAGCUGUGGAAGAAGACACACGAGAAGCAGUACAGAAAUGAGGUGGAGGAUAUGCACCGCCGGGAAUUGUGGGAGGAAAACUUGAAGCUCAUUAGCAUGCACAACCUGGAGACCUCCAUGGGGCUGCACACCUACGAUCUGAGCAUGAACCACAUGGGAGACUUGACAGCAGAGGAGAUCCUACAGUCUUUCGCCACGCUCACUCCUCCCACCGACAUCCAGAGGGCACCAUCGGCCUUAAGAGGGGCUUCCGGCGCCACCCUCCCCGACACCAUGGACUGGAGAGACAAGGGCUGUGUGACCAACGUCAAGAUGCAGGGUUCCUGUGGCUCCUGCUGGGCCUUCAGUGCUGCAGGGGCCAUGGAGGGCCAGUUAGCCAAGACCACGGGGAAGCUGCUGGACCUCAGCCCCCAGAACCUGGUGGACUGUUCCAGCAAAUACGGCAACCAUGGCUGCAAAGGGGGCUUCAUGAGCCAAGCCUUCCAGUACAUCAUCGACAACCAGGGCAUCGACUCCGAGGCUUCCUACCCGUACAAAGGACAGGACCAACAGUGCCACUACAACCCUUUGUACCGCGCCGCUAACUGCUCCAGCUACAACUUCCUGCCUGAGGGGGACGAGGGGUCCCUGAAGGAGGCGCUCGCCACCAUUGGACCCAUUUCGGUAGCGAUUGACGCCACGCGGCCCACAUUCGCCUUCUACAGGAGUGGGGUGUAUGAUGACUCCGGCUGCUCCCAGAAGGUGAACCACGGUGUGUUGGCCGUGGGCUAUGGCACACUGAACGGACAUGACUACUGGCUGGUCAAGAACAGCUGGGGAAAAUCAUUCGGAGACCAGGGCUACGUCCGGAUGGCACGCAACAAGCAGAACCAGUGUGGCAUCGCUCUGUACUGCUGCUACCCCAUCAUGUAGCUGCAGGCUGUUUAAUUUACGUCCGCCUUAGUUUCAUAUAUCCACUAUUUAAAAAAAUGUUAUAAUGAUCAUAGCAGCUUUGGUCAGGUUUGGGAAAUUCCAUUUAACAGACCUUUUUGAGGGGGAAAAGCCAAGAACAUGUAAUCUUUAAAUACUACAGUUUUAACAAUCAACGUUGUCUUUACUCUGUGUUUGUUUGUGCCUCACUGUAUGUGUUUGAAUCUUUAAUAAUAAAGAGACAUGUACUGUGUAA